UGGGCGGAAUUUGACGCGCCAAGAACUUUGAGUAUGGAAAAACACCUUGAUGCGGCGUCAGCCAGAAAAAAUGUAGCAAGUCAGCGCUAAGUGCGUCGGAUUUUGAACUAAAAGUGGCGGGAUUUUCAAACGAUAGCCCCUUCAAAGAAAAUUGAAAUUCUCCCUGAAAUUCUCCUUUUUUCUAACCUUCGGGAUGAAAGUGGACUACUGGUAAUGGAAAAUGGUUGUAUUUCCACUUUUCACAUAAUAUCAUAAUGGAAAGAAUGGCUGAUGGGAAAGGGGUAUUAUUUAAGAUAUUUUUCAGAUUCUGAUGGGAUUUUUUGUCGUCUUCUUACAAAAUCAAUUGGAGAAUGUCAAAAAUGUUUAAAACUGACGAAAUGGUGGCGUUUUUACUUCGGUGUGAUCGAACCAUGAUCUAGUGCCGGUUAGCCUGCCCUACUAAAAGAAAGUUUAGAAUCGUCACAAAUGGUCAAAAGUUUGGACUAUUUCUGAGCAUCCUGGCAAUUCCUGACGAGUCUGGCUAUUUCUGAAGAUAUAUUGGUUCACAAUCUAUCAGGCAGUUCAUCGGCUAUGACCGCAGAAAAAGUAACUUGUUGGGAUCUCAUAAAACGAGAGAGGAUCAUCUGCUUUACGUCAUCUUUAUUAAUUCGGUCGACUGACAACUCGAACAUCAACUGCAAUCUCAUGUGAAAUUCAGAGUUCAGGAAGUUUGAGAAGAUAAAAAAAGUUUAAAAAGAGAGGUGACUCAUUCAAAGGAUAGGUAGUGUGUGCGAAAAAUUCAGCUGGGCAAGGGAAAGAAGAAAAUAACCCAGUGGCUCGAAAGAACUGCGUGAAAAUGGAUCUCGUAGAGGAGGAAAAUAACGAAAUUGGCGGAGCACUACACUCGCAUCCUCAGUAUAUCAACUACAUCAAACACGAUUCCAACGGCAGCGGAAGAGGCGGAAUCCGUGCAAGUGGAGGCGGUGGUAGCAACGAAGGAAGUGAGAGAAGAAUGGUGGACAUUACGAGGGAUAAGCCGAUUAAAGUUGCUGUUAGAGUACAAGUUCCCGUUCGUGAUCAUCCGAAGUUUAAUUUCGUGGGGAAGCUCCUGGGACCAAAAGGAAAUUCCCUGAAGCGAUUGCAGGAAGACACGAUGUGCAAAAUGGCUGUGCUUGGACGUGGAUCCAUGAAAGAUCGACAGAAGGAAGAAGAACUUCGAGUAAGUGGUGACCCAAAAUUCUCACACCUAAUGGAAGAUUUACAUGUAGAAAUUUCUGCAUAUGCAACCCCUGCAGAAGCUCAUGCAAGAAUUGCUUACGCCUUGGCAGAAGUUCGUCGAUUUUUAGUUCCAGAUUACAAUGACGAUAUAAGACAGGAACAAAUGUGGGAGAUGCAGAUUUUGAAUACUCAGAAUCGUGAGGGACCGCAGGUUGUAGAAGCUCCAUUAAGUCCAGCAUCGAGUUUAGAUGCUGCAAGUUCACCAACUGCAGCUACUACAGCAAACUCAAUAGACGGACAAGACGACACUCCUAGUAGACCAACACCUUCACCACCACAUCCAGCAACACUUAAGACUCAGGGCACGGUGCUUCAAGCCGUAACUUCCACCCUAGGUGGGCGGAAGCGGCCUUUACUUCCAGGUGGUAGACUCGCUAUGUCACCCACAAAAAGAACUGUCAUGUCUCUUCUAGCUCGAGCUCGUGCAGCACAGAACAAAGAACCACUUCAAACAACAGCUUCCAUCAUCACUGCGACUCAUCCCCAGCCCACGGCACCUCUGAUACAAGCUACCCUCCAGCUGCCAACUGGAGGUCUACAAUCUGCAACUCAAUCUCCACAAUUGCCCAACGUUGGUAGUCCGCAAGUCUCCCAAUUGCAGCUUGCAGCUCAGUCGAUGCCACAACACACCACUGUUACACAACGACAACCCAUUCUACAAUCGCACACGCAACAUCAAGUUUUAGCUCCAACAAUUCAUGGGCUAUUACAUGCACAGAGAGCUGCCGCCGGGGCAACAGUGGUUCCAAUUCUUCGAGAGGACUUCAUGGCUGGAAUAAACCAGCACCAGGUUCAAAAUGUCCACAUAGCGUGAAACGACGAAUUUCUCUACAAACUGAAAUACUAUUGAUAAUAGCUAAUCGACCACAAAUUCUUGUAUAUCAAUAGUAGUUUGUUGAUUCAAUUAAAAAAUCGGUCUAUUUACAACUAGGAAGCGAAAUUUCAUCAAAUUUGUUUCAUUUUAAAAACUAAUAUAUCCGUAGCACACCUCAUGAACGGAAUGGUCAUGCAAUCGCGUGUUCGUAAAGUGACCGCAUAGUGACUGUUCCGUUCACUGGGCCCGCUAGGGCAUAUUUUCAUCCUUUUUCACAUUUCUAUACAAUU